UAUUCUCGAUUCUACUCUCAAGCCUGAACUUCUCAACACCGACUCCCAAACAUACAUAAUCAUAAACCUCAGUCCUCGAGGCUCGAACGAGUCAACACAACUCUCUCUCUCCCCGCAAAACCCUGAACCCUAAAGAGAGUCUCCUAGAUUAAUUUCAUAUAACAACCCUAAAAAUGUCAUCGGCAAUACUCCGAUCCCGCCUCGCAUCUGUCUUUUUGAAGCACCGUCGACGCCUAUUGAGCUCCAACGUCGUCUCGGGCGCUCCUAAAGAGCCCUUAGCUCCGUCCAGUGCUACUGCUGGCACUCCUCUUCCUCCGCCUCCUAAUACGGCAACAACUGCUACUGCUAGUACUGACCCUCCUGGUGUUUUCAAUGCGGACACUACGAGCAGCAACAAACCUUGGAGGUUUCUCAAGUACGGUCUCAUCGGAGCCCUCACCGGAGCCUCCGCCACCGCAGGCUACGCCUCCUAUGCGUACACAUUUGACGAAAUAGAUGAGAAGACGAGGGCGUUGCGAUCAUCUGUGGAUUUCAGCCUGAAAGAAGAUGCGUCCACUUUUGAUAACGUUAAAGGGUUACUCCACUCUGCUGCAAUGAUAGUGCCUGCUAAAGCCAUUGAACUCUACUUGGAUAUGAGGAGGCUAAUCGAAGAGCAAGUUCAGAGUUUUGCUGAGCCAUACGCAGAGAAGCUUCUUCCCGAUUUGCAUCCUGCAGAGCGACAUGUGUUUACACUUGUUCUAGAUCUGCAAGAGACACUGAUUCAUUAUGAUUGGACACGAGAGAAAGGCUGGCAAACUCUCAAAAGACCUGGAGUUGAUGCUUUCUUGGAACAUCUGGCUCAGUUCUAUGAAAUUGUUGUGUAUUCUGACGAGCAGAGUAUGUUUGUAGACCCUGUGGUUGAAAGGCUGGAUCCCAAGCAUUGCAUACGAUAUAGGCUAUCUAAGGGUGCUACUAAGUACCAGAAUGGGAAGCAUUACAGAGAUCUUUCAAAGCUUAACAGAGAUCCUGGAAAGAUUCUUUAUUUGAGUGGCCAUGCACUGGAAGGUUGCCUUCAACCGGAGAAUUGUGUUCCUGUCAAGCCAUGGAAGCAGCAUGAUGCAAAUGAUACGGCUCUUUUGGAUUUUAUACCUUUUCUUGAAUUUGUUGCUCGUACCUCUCCACCUGAUAUCAGACCAGUACUGGCAUCAUACCAAGGGUGUGAGAUCCCAACAGAAUUCAUUAGGCGUUCUAAAGACUAUCAGAGGCGAAUGCAAGAACAGAAGCAGCAAGGUCGUUUCUGGAGACGUUGAGGCCAGAAUAUGUAAAAUAGAGGUGAACGAAAUUUUAGGACUUGAAGGCAUCAAGUGGACAAAAAUAUAAGGCACUGUUUUUGAAGGCAUCAAGUGGACUUUUCUGCAAACCAGAGCCACUUUGGCUAAAGAUUUUGAAUUACGUCAUAUAAAUUCUAGCAAGAGAGUGUAAUUUUGUUUCCCGGCAUUUGGCCCUGCAUUUUUUGCACAUGCAUUCUUUUUACUGGCAAAAAACAGAAUGUUGGCUUUACAUAAAUUGAAGUUGUAGAAGAACAGGGUUGCAAUGCAAUCGAUUGAAAACCCUUCUUUUUGCCCCAUA